CAUAACAUUGUUUUCAUAAUUUGCACUGUAUGUGGUGGCUGCAUGUUGUAGUACAGUGUGUGCCAAUAUUGAUGUUGCUAUUUUUCAAUAACAUUCCAUAGUAAGAGAUCCUACCACACUCAUCCAUCCACCCACUAACUCCCUUUAAAAAGAAAAAAAAACAACGAUGGACCCCCAACUGGCAAAAUACCACGCAGAUCAAUGCCAUGCCACAUUGAAAAGGGAGAAACCCAAAAUCAAAGCUGUAGUCAUGGCAACGGCCUAGGCAGAUUCCACCAAUCAAUGUGGACCGCAAGGCUGCGAGAUGCGCGAGGAAGGGCCGGCGUCCUACAUAAAGAGCGCAGGACUGGGAGCCAAGGCACCACACAGGGCGACCCGACAUCCUGAGCCUGAGCGCAGCGAGAAACAGAACGGUAGAAGAAGGACAAGUAGGCGAGAGGGAGGACAAGGCGAAGAAUAAAAGAAUAAAAGAAGAACGAAAACACAGAAAGGAGGGGAGAAAAGACCGGACCAAGCAUGGCCUACUUGUUUGAGGGAAGAAGUAUGUCUACUCUGCUCUGUCUGAUGACUCUCUUGGUGGGGCUAGACUUCCACGCCGUGGCUGUUGGUGGAGCAGCUCUGAGACUAGAUAUGAACCCGGAGAAUGGCUUCACCACACUGAAUCACUCCAUGGCAAUGGUGCAGCGGAUGGAGGCCCUGUUGGCCCAGGGGAACGGCAGUGAUGUGACCCUCCGAGUGAGGACCAUCGGCACAGAUGAGGUGAAGAUCAUCCAGGCCCACAGCCUGGUGCUGACCCUGCAGAGUGAUAUGUUUGACGAGCUGCUCCAGAACCGUAACAACAGCGUCCUUGUCCUCAGGGAGCCACAGGACUGCGCUGCAGUCUUUGACAAAUUCAUCAGGUACCUCUACUGUGGUGACAUCUCUGUGCGCCUAGACCAGGCCAUUCCCCUGCAUAAGCUUGCCAGCAAGUACCGCGUGUGGAGCCUGCAGCAGGGCCUAACCCGCUACAUGACUCAGCACCUCUCCAGUGACUCACCAACGGGUCACGUGGUGGGCUGGUAUCAGUACUCCCUGCAGAUUGGUGACGUUUCGCUGCGGGACAGCUGCCUGCAAUACCUGUCCUGGAACCUGUCGUCUGUGCUGCAGAGUGCUGAGUGGGUAUCCAUCAGUGAUGAACUGCUGCUGUCGCUCCUUCAGCGCUCUGAUCUCAUCCUGCAGAGCGAGCUGGACCUCUACGAGGCUCUGGAGAACUGGAUCGAGCAGAACCAGCCGGCAAGCGACACAGUGGAGACCGCAUUACGGGCCAUCCGGUAUGGUAUGAUCCCACCACAGCACUUGUUCCGGCUGCAGAAGCAGUCGCCACUCAUGGUCAAACACUACGAGUCCAUCCGCGACCUGCUCUUUCUGGCCUUCCAGUUCCACUCAGCCUCUCCCAUCCAACUCGCCAAGUAUUUUGAUGUCAACUGCAGCAUCUUCACGCCUCGCAACUACCUGUCUGCGUCCUGGGGGUCGCCUUGGGUGAUCAACAACCCAACACGUGACGACCGCAGCAACAGUUUCCAGACGCAGCUGGGCCCCAGCGGCCAUGACUCCACCAAGCGUGUGACCUGGAACACCCUGUUCUCGCCACGCUGGUUGCCACUGAGUGUUCGCUCUGGCUUUGGUGAGCACGGCGCAAUGCAGUCCACGCGCACCGACCUUGGCCGGCCACGCAUCAUCGUCACCCCAGCAACCUCCAGCCCGGACUUUGCAGGCGUGAGCUUCCAGAAGACAGUGAUUGUGGCUGUGAGACAGCAGGGCAAAAUGGUGGUCCGUCACGUCUACAACUUCCACCAGAGCACGGAGGAGUCUGGAGAUUUCUUGGUGGAUGCCGACUUGCAGCGUCGUGGCUCUGAGUACCUCAUUGACAACUCCCUUUUCCUGCACGUCAUAGUGAAGCCCCUCUACCAUAGUCUUAUUGUUUCCAAAAAGUAAAGAUCACCCCCAUCAUAGCCUUCUGUCCUGCCAGUGUCUGACACAACUACAGUCCCUGCACUCACACACAUGCCUGCCAAUAAGCAGUGCACUUCUAUGUACCAUUAAACAUCCCCUGGUUAAAUAUCUGUCUUCACAAGCUUUCCCACAGAUAUGUCUUGAUUUUCACCUCUGCCUCCUUAGAGUCAACACUGCCUACUGUGCUUGUGUAUCAUUAACAUUAAGGUUACAUCUAGUCUGUCCUGACUUGCUGCUUCCAUGCAGCCCAUGUACUGUAUCGCUUAAACCUAUGCUAUCAGUUUUGAAUGCAGAUUCUUUUGGUGCAUUUUCGUUUGAAACAGCAGUUUCAUUUAGUUUAAGGCAAAGUGUUUAAAUGUCUGAGUUGUCAUUGUGUUGGUGCUAUUAGAUCCUCACAGAACAUAUAAGUCAUGCAUUUUAUAGACACCUAAUUUCCAUAUGGUCUCCUGCAUGAUACAGACACAGCUAUUUACAUUGAUAUUACACUCAACAUCUCAGUUAUUUAAGACCAUACGAAGAUGUUCACAUUUUAAAUGAGUUUACAAAUAUAAUGUGCUGCAAAUGUUCACUGAAUGCAUUAAACCUGUUUACCAUAAACUAGAAGAGGCAAUGCCUUAGGUGCAAUAUACUGGUAAUUGUUAGGAUGUUUAGACUGUCCAAUUGAUGUUUACUUUCCUUUUGCUCACCUCAAAUAAAAACAAAACGUUUGAAA